AUGACAUCAUGCCGAGCACUCACUAAAAGCGACACCCCAUGCUCUCGCAAUGCUCUUAAAAUCGGAUACAGUGCUCAGCACGACAAGGAUGCUAAGAUUAGAAUGUACCGCAAGGAGCUAUCAAAGAUGCACGAGCGCGUUCGUCGAUAUUUGGAGAUCACUAACGAACUCAACGAUAAGCUCUCGAUCAUCCAAAAAGUUGAUUUCUACAAGUCUGAAUUGAUGAAGAUCGGAAGCCAUGAUAGACCAUACAGAGGAAUCAUAGAUAGCUCGUUCUACAAGGCCGAAAUUGAAGAUUUAUUUGGCAUGAAAGCUUCUGCUGCUCAUGAUGAGUAUGAUAGACUGCUUGCGUUACGGAAUCAAUUGGUC